AUGGAGACCGCGCCACCUCUUCCACUGCCGGUGUUGGAGCUUGAGAUGAGGGCUCCCUAUGAGAUGAUCCACCACCUGGCCUCGAGCAACGCGGUGGUGGUCUUCAGCAUGAGCGAUUGCUGCAUGUCCACGGUGGCCAAGCGCCUCCUAUUCAGCCUCGGCGUCGGCCCUACCGUGGUGGAGCUGGACGAGCGUGCCGACGGGCCUAGCAUCCGGGCCGUCCUCUACCAGCUCGUCGGAGCCCAUCAGCCCACCCUUCCUGCUGUCUUUAUAGGAGGGAAGUUUGUUGGUGGGGUUGAGACACUCAUGGCGAGGCAUAUCAACGGCACCCUCGUCCCUCUCCUCAAGGAAGCUGGAGCACUCUGGCUCUGA